AUGGCGACAACUGAUGUGUUGCCACUGGCCAUCAACGGCCAGGACUACUACCCGGACAAGACAUUCGACGUCAAAUCCCCAAAGACGCAUCACGUCCUUCACAGAUGCGGUAGUGCUUCCGUAGCCGACGCCGCAAGGGCUGUCGAUGCCGCCGCCGAGGCCCUCAAGUCGUGGCGCAAAACGACACCUCAGGAGCGACAAGAGGUUUUUCUCAAAGCUGCCGCCAUCAUGGAGAGCCGUCGCGACCAACUCAUCGAAUACAUGGCUGACGAGACUGGGGCUGCGCCGCCUUGGGUCAAGUUCAACAUCGAUACCACGAUUUCCCUCCUAAAGGACGUUGGCGGCCGCAUCCCAACCGUCGAAGGCUCAUUUCCACCAACAAUGGAGCGCAACAGAAGUGCCAUCGUCAUGCGCGAGCCUUUUGGUGUCGUCUUGGCCAUUGCGCCAUGGAAUGCUCCGUAUAUCCUCGGUACCAGGUCGGUCGCCUUCCCAAUCGCUGCGGGAAACACCGUCGUCUUCAAGCCAUCCGAGCUAGCCCCCAAGACCAUGCGGGCGAUUGUCGACGUGUUUCACAAAGCCGGGCUUCCAAACGGCGUGUUGAACAUGAUUGUUCACGACGUCGCCGACGCUCCAGCCGUUACGUCCUCCUUGAUAGCCAAUCCGCACGUCAAAAAGAUCAACUUCACCGGCAGUACCGUGGUCGGUCGAAUCAUUGCAAAAUGCGCCGGGGAUCAUCUCAAGCCGGUUGUCUUGGAACUUGGUGGCAAAGCUCCAGCCAUAAUCUGGGAAGACGCAGAUUUGGACCUAGCCGCAAAGGAAUGCGCAGUAGGCUCGUUCAUUAACAGUGGUCAGGUUUGCAUGUCCACGGAGAAGAUCCUGGUGCACAAGGCCAUCAGCGAUGCCUUCCAGCAGAAACUCGCCGCGGCAGUCGCGAAUGCAUUCCCUGUCGAUCAAGAAGCGCCCGUUCUCAUCAACACCGCUGCGGCCCUAAAGAACAAGGGCCUCGUGGCCAAUGCUGCUGAGCGCGGAGCGAGCGUCUUGUACGGCAAUGUCGACGCCCAGGAAAUAAGCAGCAACAGGCUGCGGCCCAUCAUUGUGAGCGGCGUCACUUCCGAGAUGGACAUUUACAAGACGGAGUCAUUCGGACCAACUGUUUCAGUCAUUGAGUUUGACUCGGAGGAAGAAGCCAUCCGUAUCGCCAACGACACGGAUUAUGGGUUGUCGUCGGCUAUCUUCACUAGGGAUCUGAGGAGAGGGCUGCGUCUUGCCGCGGAAUUGGAGACUGGUGCAGUUCACAUCAACAGCAUGAGCGUUCAUGAUGAGGGCUCAUUACCUCAUGGCGGCGUCAAAUCCAGCGGAUAUGGACGAUUCAAUGGCGCUCUGGGACUCGCUGAGUGGACAAGGACCAAGAACGUCACCUUUGACAAAUAG